AUGAAUCACAGUUCGAUUCGAGAAUCAACAUCAAAUAUUGUUAAUGAAUUACUUGACGAUAUCAAAGAAAAUAUUAUUCAAAUAAGCGACAAUUCUGAACAAAUUCAAUUAAAUACUGUUAAACCGACAAACAUAACGAACUUAUUGGAAAAGAAACUCUUAAUUCAUGGUGAACGAAAAGAUGGACCACAUUUAUCAGCGUCAUCGAAUGGUUCAACAUUGGAGUCAAGUGAAUCACCCAUGCCAUUGAUUUUGAUGAACAAGCAAAUCGAAUUGAUACAUCCCUUGGAACAUCAAUGGUCGUUUUGGUACUUGAAAAACCAACAAGGAAAAGAUUGGCAAGAAAAUCUUAUGAAAUUAGCAACAUUCGGUUAUGUCGAAGAAUUUUGGGCACUCUUCAAUCAUUUACGUGUUGCUUCACGAUUACCACCAAGCUGUGACUAUAUGUUAUUUAAAAGUUCUAUCUUACCAUGCUGGGAAGAUCCACGAAAUUCGAGCGGUGGCCGAUGGGUUCUUUAUUUUUCCAAACCAGAACAGGUCUACCUCAAUCUUGAUGUUUGUUGGCUCGCUUCAAUGUUAGCCCUUAUCGGUGGUCAAUAUGCACAAGAUACAAAUUAUGUCAACGGCGUUGUUCUCUCUGCACGUAAAAGUUGCGAUCGUAUUGCCUUGUGGACAUCGGUUCAUCAUGACCAACAACUUAUCUUUCGUAUUGGACGACGUAUGCGUGAAUUAAUCAAUAUUCCACGACAAAUUCAUAUUUUAUUCGAACUUCAUAAUCAAGAAACAAGUACAACAACAACAACAACAACAACAACAACGGCAACUAUGAUGAAUAAAAAGAAAAGUACAGCAGGCGGCAAUAAAGUUAUCUAUCAACUAUGA